UGGUUGGAACCGAAUUUCUCGCCCAAUGAGGCUGGCCUUGGAGGAGGAACGAAAUGGAAACACGGGGUAGCUCUCAGCGCACAGCGUCCGUGGAGUAGAAAACACGCUGCCCUGAUUCACGCCGACUCACUCAGCGGAAGCCUCGUGGUUGAGCCUGGCCGGCAUCAGGCAGCGCACCGGCCCGCGAGGAAGACAGCCCGUAACGUGUGCCACCAUAUAACGAAGGAAGCACGAAAAGGGAACUUAACGAAACCAUGUCGGGGGUUAAAAAAAGAAACUCGAACUCCUCGUUGAGUAAGGACGAGGACCCGCAGGUCACGGAGAAGAUGCUGGGGAGCCCCGCCAAAGCCGGUGGAGAGACAGGCGAGGAAACGGUCGCCUUAAAGAGAACCAUCACGCUGAUGAACGGCGUGGCCCUCAUCGUGGGCACCAUCAUCGGCUCGGGCAUCUUUGUCACGCCGACUGGUGUGGUGAAGGAGUGCGGCUCGGUGGGCUUGUCCCUGGUGGUGUGGGCUGUAUGCGGGGUCUUCUCCACGGUGGGAGCGCUGUGUUACGCCGAGCUGGGGACCACCAUCACUAAGUCCGGAGGGGACUAUGCCUACAUCCUUGAGGUGUACGGCUCGCUGCCGGCUUUCCUCAAACUCUGGAUCGAACUGCUCAUCAUCCGGCCGUCCUCGCAGUACAUUGUCGCCUACGUUUUCGCCACGUACCUCCUCAAGCCCAUUUUCCCCGUGUGCUCGGUACCGGAGAACGGGGCUAAACUAGUGGCCUGCCUUUGCAUCCUCUUGUUGACCUUUGUGAACUGCUACAGCGUGAAGGCAGCGACCAGAGUUCAGGAUUUCUUCGCUGCAGCCAAGCUGUUGGCUCUUGCCCUGAUCAUCAUCAUUGGCUUUGUCAAGAUUGGUCAAGGUGGCACCGAUUCACUUCUCCCUGAAAAUUCCUUUGACGGCUCUAAGUAUGAGUUUGGCAGCAUCGGUCUGGCGCUCUACAGUGGCCUGUUUGCUUACGGUGGUUGGAAUUACUUGAAUUUUGUUACUGAAGAGAUGAUCGAACCUUACAAAAAUCUUCCUCGAGCCAUUAUCAUUUCUCUGCCAAUCGUGACAGCAGUGUAUGUUCUCACCAACCUGGCGUAUUUCACCACCCUCUCAACUGACGAGAUGCUCAACUCGGAGGCUGUGGCUGUGGAUUUUGGCAAUAAACACCUUGGUGUGAUGGCUUGGAUCAUUCCAGUGUUUGUGGGCUUGUCCUGCUUUGGGUCUGUCAAUGGUUCUCUCUUCACAUCAUCAAGGUUAUUCUUUGUGGGCUCCCGGGAAGGACACCUGCCCUGUCUGCUGUCAAUGAUCCAUCCGACCUUACUGACCCCGCUUCCUUCUCUAAUAUUCACCUGUCUAAUGACACUGCUUUACGCCUUCUCCAAUGACAUCUUCUCCGUCAUCAACUUCUUCAGCUUCUUCAACUGGCUCUGCAUCGCCUUGGCGAUUGUUGGGAUGAUGUGGCUCCGUCAUAAGAAGCCGGAGUUAGAAAGACCAAUUAAGGUGAAUAUCCUGCUCCCGGUGAGCUUUGUGCUCGCCUGCCUGUUCCUCAUCAUCGUAUCCUUCUGGAAGACUCCAAAAGAGUGCGGGAUUGGUUUUGGCAUCAUUGCCACCGGUCUACCGGUCUACUUCUUUGGUGUAGUAUGGAAGAACAAACCCAAGUGGCUGUUGAAUUCAAUUUUCUCAACCACGGUCUUUUGCCAGAAAGCAAUGGAGGUGGUGCCUUAGGUGUCUCAAGAGCUUCGAUCGUCUCCUCCAAGCUCCUCCGAUAUCACAGCUCAACAGCCCUGAGCCCUGAUGAUCUCUCUCACUCGCUAUCCUCUCUCAACGACACACAACACACACACGCCUACAUGCACGCACACACACAGACACACACAUACACUUUGCAGGGUGAUGCCAAGAAGUGAUGAAGACCACAUCAUGCAUGAGUCUGAAGUACUGUACUUCAGUGUACAACUUUUUGUCCGCUGCUGUGUUGACUUCCGUUAGUCACUGACUAAUCUGCACUUAUGUUAGGGUCGUCUUUAUAUUCUUCUAUGAUGUAUGUUUUUAUUUUUAGUUCAGUUCUAAACAACCUUGGGCCAAGUAGCAGGAAGAAAUUCAAACAAAACAAAAAUUGCUGGAGCCUUUUAUUUUUUUUAAAAAACUUUUUUUUCUUGUAUUAGUCUCUAGUCUAAUAAUGUUUGUUAAACCAUCUUUGGGUAGCGACUCAACCUUUGAGUUGCUGGUAUCAGCCACAUCUUAAUUACCGUAAUUUCCGGACUACUGAGCCA